AUGGCAGCAUUCUUCCGCCUUAUUGGACUUUUUUUCGCGCCGCAUGACUUCAUUAGGCCCGACGGCUCUGGCCUGGCGCUCUUCGCGGAGGGCACCCUCCCGGCUCGCGAGGAGGCCUCGCUGACUCGCGGGGGUCGCUGGCUUCUGGGCCUGCCGCGGAACGCAGAGGAUUUCGUGCCGUUGUUGAACGAGGUGUGGUUUGCCUUGACAAGUGGUCUCCUACGAAGCCAUUUCGAGGGUCAUGCCGACGUGUGCGGUGUUGCAGUCUCGUUGACGGCGGCAGAUGCCAAAGUGGCUCUGUGGUUGAAGCAUGCGGAGGAGGAGCUUCACGUCCUGGCUGUCGGACAAGUUUUGCUGGACAUGCUUCUAGCAGUCGAAGAGAAGGUCUCCGGGACUGGCGCCGCAGACAUCCGCAUCAAGUUCGAAGACUUCCAGCGUGGUAGGGUCACGCAGAAACUGCGCGGAGCUUGA